AUGGCAGCAGAACUCCGAAGUCGAAGACCUAUGGCAUACCACUCUGGCAACGUUUUCACGGCAGGCGACCAGGGAAAUCGCGUUGAGGCGUUCAUAGUCUCAGCAACAGGCGAAUUUACAGUAGUGGGAACAAACCACGACGUCUUAGACAUUGCGCGUCGCGAGAACCUUCCCACCUUCGAUUUGAAGGAUCGAUUUGUUAUGCCUGGCAUCCACGACGCUCACGUCCAUAUCCUUGCGGCAGGUCUCUCACGUUUGUCGAACGUGAAGCCUGGCUUUGACGCCACCAUAUCCAACAUUGCUGAAAGACUCAAGUCGCCGUCAUGCGCCUGUGAACAUGCCCAUGCAUAUGGCGAUUGGAUAGUGGGGGACCUCUACCUCAUUGAGAAUUUCGAUCGAGAAGCACUGGACCUGGAAUUUCCCAACACACCAGUGCUCUUGCGUGGAGGUGCGGGCCACGGGAUGUUUCUCAAUACCGCCGCAUUGGAAAGAUCAGGUUACAGCCUCACAGAGCCUGAUGCGCCGCACCACCAUUAUUUCCGUCGGCCAGAUGGAACUCUGACAGGCGAAGUGACUGAGCUGGCGAUGACAAAGGCAGCAUUGGCACUGCCGAAGCCGGAAAUGGCACAUAUCAAACGCUGUAUUCUGCAUGCAGUGAAACUGCUUCAUUCUGUGGGAGUGACAAGCUUUCAAGAAGCAGCGUCGAAUACAGUCAUCCUAAAAGCAUUGGGCGAGCUCGACGCUGGUGGGGAAUUGAAGAUGGAUGUGCAAACGCAUAUCGUGUAUAAACCGGAGCAGCUCGGUGAAGAAAGGCUCGAAACGUUGCACAAGACGCUCGAUGAUGCCGCAACUUUCCAGUCCAAACAUGUGCAGACCAAUUUUGCCAAGUUAAUGCUGGAUGGUGUCCCGCUUCAUCCGUACUAUACGCAUGCUGGUCUCACGGAGUCUGGAGAUAUCGACGAGAGCAAGGUACAGAUCGAGAUCGAUGACCUGACUGAAACUGUUGCAAAGUUGGAUGCGAGGGGGAUGACAUGUAAGAUCCAUUGCACAGGAUAUGGGAGUACGCGACGAGCCCUGGACGUCUAUAAAGCUGUGAGGGCGGGAAAUAGCCAUGGACCCAAACACGAAAUUGCACAUUGCAAUGGGGUGCAUGACGACGAUUAUCCUCGCUUCCAGCAGCUGAAUGUGACCGCCGAGAUGUCUCCGUCGAUGUUCUUCGUUCAUCCGAUGACGACAAUGUCAGGGGGCCUGAUGGACUGGAACUGGGGAAAGAUGAUCAAAAACAGAGCUCACCUAACCGUUGGUAGUGACUGGGCCUUUCAAGAUCCGUCCAUUCUGCCCGCAUGUGCUCUCAUCAUGGACAGUGUUGCUGCUGCAUUUCCGGCGGCCGAAGGCGCGGCGAGCACAGCUGCUGAGGCGAUUUGCAGAAUCCUGACUGUAGCGGGUGCGGUGGCGACCGGCCGAGAGAGCAGGGUUGGGGCUAUUGAGGUUGGAAAGAAAGCCAACUUCAUCAUGGUCGACCGUGACUUGAGCAAGGGUGAAUUUGAGGGAGCCAAAGUCUUGGGGACGUGGUUUGAAGGGGAGAGGGUUUAUGAGUGUACCUGA